CUCUCCUCUCCUCAAGCAUGGUGUCUCUGUGGCUCCCCAGAGGCCUCUGUGUGGCAGCUGUGAUCCUGAGUCUGAUGAUGCUGACCCCUCCGGUGAUUUUAGUCAGGGACCCACGACCACGUUUUCUGGAGCAGUUGAAGGCUGAGUGUCACUACUUCAAUGGGAAGGAGCGUGUGUGGAGUGUGACCAGAUUCAUCUAUAACCAGGAAGAGUUUGCCCGCUUUAACAGUGACUUUGGGAAGUUCCUGGCAGUGACUGAGCUGGGGCGGCCCAUAGUUGAGUACUUGAACACCCAGAAGGACAUGCUGGACAAUUAUCGUGCCUCAGUAGACAGGUGCAGAAAUAACUAUGACCUUGUGGAUAUCUUCAUGUUGAACUUAAAAGCUGAGCCCAAGGUGACUGUGUACCCUGCAAAGACACAGCCUCUGGAACACCAUAACCUCCUGGUCUGCUCUGUGAUUGACUUCUACCCUGGCAGCAUUGAAGUCAGAUGGUUCCGGAAUGGCGAGGAGGAGAAGACUGGAGUUGUGUCCACUGGACUGAUCCAAAAUAGAGACUGGACCUACCAGACCCUGGUGAUGCUGGAGAUGGUUCCUCGGGGUGGAGAGGUUUACACCUGCCAGGUGGAGCAUCCCAGCCUGACCAGCCCUGUCACAGUGGAGUGGAGGGCUCGGUCCACAUCUGCACAGAACAAGUUGUUGAGCGGAGUCAUGGGCAUGGCGCUAGGUCUGUUCAUCCUCGCAGUGGGGCUGUUCUUCUAUUUAAGGAAUCUGAGAGCAGGAUCAGUGUCUCAUGGUGCUGGUGAAGGAGCUGAAAGUUUCACAUCCAGAUUGACAGGCAGUGGGAGUGAAUGCCACAUGGGGCCUGGGUUGAGCAUCUGAGACCUGGAAGCCAGCCCUCAGUGACACACUUUCUCCAAGACUACACCUGCUCCAGAAUGCCAUAUCUCCUAAUAGUGCCACUCCCACUGAUCCUAUGGGAACCAUUUUCUUUCAAACUACCACAUUGCCUCUCAUUUAAAAACUUGCACAUGGCUUGUUAGAGCAGCUAAGUACUACAGAUGUCAUGAAGACAGCUAGAAACUUUUUGGAUGAGUUUAAAGAGGACCUGUGACUUGGUUCAAAUGAUGGGUGUCUGCUCCUCUGUGAACCUGCGCUGAGCAGGAUCCUGAGAGUCAGUCUCAGUCAUGUUUGAAGAAUUAGUUUCAAAAGUAAGAAGCUAGCAGUCGCCAGUCAGCUGUGGUGCAUGCCUUUAAUCCCAGCACUUGGGAAGCAGAGGGAGGUGGAUCUCUGAGUUUGAGGCUAGCCUGGUCUACUGAGUGUGUUCCAGGACAGCCAGAGCCACACAGAGAAACCCUGUCUGAAAAGAAGGAGAAGGAGAAGGAGGAGGAGGAGGGGGAGGAGGAGGGGGAGGAGGAGGAGGAGGAGAAGAAGCAGCUAGCAAUCAGUCAUAAAUCUAUUUAAGCCUAGUUAUUGAUGAUCCAGGGUGAUUUACACACAAUCACAUAGAAUUCAUUUUAUGUUAGGGCAAAUUCAAGUCUCUGUUAUGCAUAUGGUAAGAUUCAUUAUGCAUUUACAUAAACUAGAUUUUCUGAUAGGAAUUUGAUGAGCUUAGAGUGAUGUUAGAUGUGUCUGACACCAAAUUGGUAGCUUCACCUUAGAUUCAAUAAUUUCCUUAUCUAAUAAAACUUCAUGGUUUACAUGUGGAGUUGAAAUACUGCUUAAUGAUUCCCUUUAUCAGUAAUAGAGAUAAGGAAUGGAUACAAACCAGCAAGUAUAAACAAACAAACAAACAAACAAAUAUGUUCACUCUGGUUUUCCAAGCAGUUUGUAUUUACAGAGUGAUCUAGAGAGAAUAUCGUGAGUACGUUCCAUCUUCCUGUCGCCAAGUCUACUCUUCCCUGUGAUUAGCUACAUUUAUAUUUUGCUAUGAUAGUUUAUACUUUUCUAAACAAAAAUCUUCCUAGUAUGUUGCUAGUGCUGUCUGAAUGUGCACACACAUAUAUUUUUUGAUGAAAAAUAUUGUGUACUUGUAUGUACAGACAUAAAAUUCUCUUCAGCAGCAGCAUGCAGUUGAAAGUUGACAUUUUUUAAUACUAUUGUUGAAAGUAACAUGGUAGUGACUUUGGUUUCAUUUGUUUCUGCCAGAAUUUUAUUUAGAAUGAUUUUGUAACCUACAUUAUUAAACUUCGUAUUAAUAUCUGUUUUUUUCUUCCUAUGUAUCUGAUUAUAUGUAGAGGAAGCGAUGACAAUUUUGUAUUCUUAGACAUUCUAAUCCUUUUUGUGUAUUUAUUUGGCCAUUUGUUUCAUUGCCCCAUUGCAUAUUGUUCUAGAUACCAUGUGGGAUAGCUUUGGAUAUCCUAACCCCAUGUCUGAUGUGAGAAGCAAGGCAGAUGUCUUUUCCAAGAUCAAUUAAAUUGCUUUUUACUACAGAUUUCCUGAGAAACCAGAUCUCUCAAAAAGAAACAAAAAAGAACCACAACUUUAAGACCCAGUGCAAAGUCCACCACCAUCCCUUUUAUGAGUUUAUGUGGGUGAAUAAGUAUUGUUUUAUAUCCAUCUCUCAAUUAGUACAAAUUGCAUUAACUGAUUCUCAAAUGUUGCACCACUCUGGCCUUUCUACAUAGAUUGAUGUCUCUGGAUUUAGUCUCUAAUACUUUCUCAAUAGCUAAGGGCACACACAGCAGCAGCCAUUGUCUCUGCUCCUGACUGUGUGUGAGUGUAUUCCAAGCAUUCAUUCUCUCCGUCCUUGACUCUGCAUGUCUAUAGUCCAAGCAUCCAUUCUCUUUGUCCUUGACUCUGCAUGUCUAUAGUCCAAGCAUCCAUUCUCUUUGCUCCUGAAUGUGCAUGGAGUGCCCUUGUGUUUCUGCCUUGAUGUUACAGCAGAUGUGGCUGGAAUCUGGAAUUGUCAAUCAAUCAAUUCCAUCUUCCAUCAGUUGCUUUUGUCAGAGUGUUUGUCAUGGUGACAGAAAGGAAGCUAAAUGGACUAAACCUGGAAGCAGAGCCCCUGGGGCUGGAAGAAGGGACUGAGGAAGACCUUCACCAGCCCGACUCCACUGACCUAUUUCUGAAGCCAAGCUAACCACUUCCUUAAUUUCACAAUCAGCCACUGUAGAGGAUCUGAAACAUGAGACUCUGCCAUAGAACCCAGGCUGGCCCUCAGUGUCCCCUGGCCAUUUCCUAAUGCAAAGGAUGUUGUUACCAGUGGUCAUUACCAGUGUCCACAAUCGCCCCUGCUCUGUCAUUGUCAUUAGUUACCCAAGGCCAGGCCCUCACUUUUGAGAUUUGUUCUGCUAAGGAUAAGCAUAAAAGCCAUUACAAGAGCCAAAUAAUAAUUCUCAUUCUUUCCUUUUAAUAAAUCUGUUUGGAGAGUUCAUACAU